GCAGUCCUGGUGAUGCUGGUGAGCGUGACCUCGCUGGCUACCAUCAGCUUCGACCGCAUGAUCGGUGUCGCGUAUCCGUUCCACAAGCACCUCGGCUCCUGGGGCUCGCGGGCCAUCAUCCUCGGCUUCUGGCUCCUGUCGGCCGUGCUCGCCCUGCCCUUUAGCUUCUACAGGGUCUAUACGGUGCGGAUCUGGCAGGACAUAACGGAGCGCACGUGCGGCGAGCAGCGCGAUGAACUCCGCAUCUGGUGGAUCGCGGUCAUCAUCGCCCUCACGUGGCUGCCGCUGCUCAUCAUGGUCAUCUCGUACACGGUCAUCUUCGUGUACCUUCGGAAGGGCGCUCCGGCCAUGGCCAGGAGAGAGCACCCCGCCAUCCUGCACCUGAAGAAGCGCGUCGUCAGAAUGAUGUUCGUGAUCGUGUUGGUCUUCAUCCUGAGUUGGCUGCCCUUCCAGAUCAUGAAAAUCUUCGAGGACAAAUACAUCGAUGACUCUGGCCAGUAUUUGCCUGAUCAAGAAGCUGAGUAUAAGGUAUUGCUGAGCGUCUCUCAUUACAUGAUGUACACCAACACGGCCGUGAACCCUCUGAUAUACGCCCUGAUGCACCAGACCUUUAGGCGAGCGUUUAGGGUGACUUUCACUUGUUUCUAUCGCAAGAAGCCGUCGCUCAUUCUUCGCCCAAGCCGGGGAACCAACCGCUACGUGUGGUCGACCGAUGGCUCCGUCUAUUCUGACAACAUGAACAAGCAGAAGCUGAAGUUGCGAGACCGCCUCCGCAGGACCCCGCACGUCACGACCCAAGCCCUAGUGUGCACGCCCGCUCUCGCCGCCUCCAUCGCCCUCCAACAGAACAUCCAGAGGAGCUCCUCCGACGCCGAGGCCAAGGAGGAGGUGCCGAUGACCCAGCUGGUAGCCCCCCCGGCGAAGACCAAGGACCGCCUGAGCGCCUUCGUCAACGAGGGGUACGUCAGGGACCUGUCGCAGCGGAGUCUGUCGGUCGCGAGCACGGGCGCCCUCGGACACCUCAUCACUGAGGUCAUCGAGGAGGAGAGUUCCAGCGACGUGGACAACAGCGAGAGGAUACUGUAACGACGCUGAAAGGAUACGUUGAUGAAGCCAACGGAAGGAUACUGUAACUGCUGAACCUUACAUCCGUCACUUGGAAGAUAUUGUGUUGAAACCAUUAACACCACAAAAAAAUAUGAAGGGAUGGUGACGUGUACAUAAGUUCCUGUGUGUGUUUUAUUACUGUAUAUAUUUAUUUCUAAGAGAGCGUGCCCCUGUGUUAGUGUGUCUGUUAUUAUGAGUGCUUAUGCACUGAUAUCUGAGAAAAUGUGUUAUAAAAACGUUAGAAAUAGAUUAGGCUUUUAGCGAUGUCUCGAUACAUAUCCAAGGCAACCAGUCGAGAGCGCGUGGAGGAGCUUAAACAGAGUGAGACGAAUAAAGUGCCUUUGCUCGCUGCUGAAUUCACUCUUCGGAAGAAAUCUGGACCGUGUGUGAAAAUAAUAUACUAAUAGCCAUGUGUGGGAUGGGUAAUGAGUGGGAAUAUGUGCGUAUAUAUAAACACAUGUACAAAUGCACACACACACACACACACACACACACACACACACACACACACACACACACACACACACACACACACACACACACACACACACACACACACACACACACACACACACACACACACACACACACACACACACACGCACACACAAAAGGAGAGACGGACAGCGUUCUUCUUCGCUGCUCCUUAUCCUCAAAAAGGAUGUAUAGUAAACCUUUGAACUUGUACAUAGCUAUUUAUGACUGCUACAUGUCUGCUGAUGCAUGUUUUCUUUCAGAUGCCACAGUAACAAAGGAAUAUUUGUAAACAUAGCAAUUGAACUGCAGAUUGAUGAUGUAAUCUAUUCUGUAAAAUCUUUUGCAAAUAAAGGUCGAAAACUCG